AUGGGAGUACUUUGUAUUCGUAUUUACCUGGGUCGAAGAUCUCAAAAUGCAAUUCAUAUGAGAUCAACAACGACAACUACAGACUCUUCAAUACAACUUUUGAUCUCAUCAGCUGACCAAAACUUACUAAAAUGUAGUUUGGAGACAUGGCUUCGAGAAAGGGAUGAUUUUUUUAUUUUUACCAAUUAUAAAACUCAAUCCGCUUUUGAUCGUGUUGUUUUUCAAAAGUUUAAUCUUUAUAAUCAUUGGGCUCUUAUAAGAUCGCAGUCCCUAUAUGUUAGUCAGUUUUUGAGAACGAAAAAUGAGCCUGAUUGGUAUGUAUUUGCUUCCGAUAAUUCUUUAGUGUUGAUCAAUCAAUUGAAACUGGAACUAUCUGGCUUGGACAGCACACAUGCAUAUUAUACGAUAAUAUCUGAAAAGGACGAAGAAAAAACAGAACCACCCAAUUCUUUGGUCCCUAUAACGAUUUUAAGCCGAGGUGCUCUAUCUAUGUUGAUGAGACAGAUUAGAAGCCAAUCCCCAGGCUGUGGAAUUGAUGAAGGUUCGCUAAGCGAAUGCUUGGAACAAUCCGUCAAUUUAAAUCUGCAACGAGAUUCUCAGAAACGGAACAGAUUUCUUAUCAUUAAACGACACUUCGCGGUCUCCGAAAUGAACGAUUUCAAACAAGCAAACGGUGCUUUGAAAUAA